CGACUACUUACCGUCAUGCCACUGGCUCGGCUUCCCGAGGAUGUCGAGCGCUACAUCUUUGAGAUUGGGGCAUUCUCAAAUCCACGCUCGAUCUUCACGUAUAUGCUCGUUGCACGACGUGUCAAAAUUUGGCUCGAGCCGCUACUCUACCGGACCCUCGUUACCGGCUCGGAGGCGAUUCCCGCCAUACCCGCUGUCCCACUCCAACGCAUCCUGGAUCUCCCGGACGCUCCUAGACUUACGGCGCAUACGCACAACCUGCUCUGCCACACACUGACUCAGGAGCAAAUCCUCAAGAUCAUCGCCUUGUGCCCCAAUGUCAGAAACUUGUUCGUCACGCCGUAUGCCUGGCACAUGGAUGAGGAGUCCUGGAUGGAUCUCGCCGUGGGAGUCGCGUCUCUUAGACGCCUCCGGCGGCUGCACUUCUCUCUCCACUGCAUGUUCGUAAAAGACUUUGAUGGAGGAGAAGCUAGUGCUUCUCACGAUUGGCAGUGCGCCCUGAUCCAUACACCGUUGUUCUCCACGCUCAAGCAGCUCACGCAUCUCGAGAUCUUCUCCGGCCUUGGUGAGGCGUCGGACGAUGGCGCGCCUCAUCCGAGGUGGAAACUACUCGCCGAGCUCCCGCUUCUGACGCAUCUAGCCUUGAACUGGCUGGAGCCCGAGCUCUGGCGCGCCCUGCUCCGUGCGCCGAUGCAUCUCCAAGUCCUGGCCAUCCUCACGUCGUUCGAUCCAUCGUUCCGGCCCACCGCCAUCGCGGAUGGGGUCCCAGAUGAUGAUCCUCGUUUUGUUGUUAUCAACCAGGACCGCUUUGCCGAAGAUUGGCAGAAGGGUGCAGUUGCGGGCGAGGAUUACUGGAAUGCGGCGGAGAGAUUUAUCGAGAAAAAGAAAAACGGAUUGAUUGAGCAGGAUGCGUUUUACAUCGAGUUGGUUGACAACUCCAUGAAUGAAAAUUGAGUAAAGAUUCCGAAACCAGUGUGAGGAAGCGACCGGGGUCAACGAAGAUGAACAUAUUUUUCAGUCCAACGAAAGGGCAGAGAAAAGCCCUGGACAUUGACUGGGCUAUUUCGCAGAGCUUGGUAUGCGGCUCGGAAUGUGUCUUGUCUGAUGAUGAAGGAUACUGGCAUAACAAAAGUUCCGCGUGAGUUCGUAAAAAAGCUCCUCCACAGAGGAUGUGUCAACGAUUUUUAUCGCCAGGAUUCGAAAGUCAACACAGCUGCCAUGUCAGUAUUACAGCCUAUUUCCCUGGAAAAAUUUCCAUACAUGGACUGCCUUCCUCGUGCCAUCAUUUGCAAAGAAUCAUUUCCGGCGGACCCGGUAAUGCUACUUAACUCGCAGGCAAAACCCUGGCCUGAAUUAACCAUCCCAUCUCAUUCGUAUCAUCCCUUAUCAGUCCAAUGCUUUCUUCGCCGAUGACUAAUGUGAGUUUCAAGGACUGAAAGUUCGGCGUUCUAAGGAUUUGGCGAGUCCUCCAUCGAAGACGAGUGAAUUUUCUCCGUUGGAUUUCGGAGUUGCUGGUACACUGACAAAAAUUGAUCAUAUGGGUUGUUGCUCAUUCUAUCGCGCAUCUGGGACUACAGGGGGCGAAGCCUUCAAUCUGUCACGUGCCGUCAUGGCCCAAUGUCACAUUCAUCUUCUCCUGUGACUGUCAAAUCUGCUGACCGGCCCGCUUCUUUUUCGCUGCUAUCUUGCUGCUAUCCGUUGGCUAUUCGCCUACUAUACCCUGCGCAAUCAGCGAACGACGUGACCUUCGUGAACACUACAAGUAAGGGCAUGUCGCGUGGGUGUACGCCGGAACGAGGGAAUCACGCUGCACUAUGAGCAUCUGCGACCCAUGUAGAAUCAUCGAAGGCACCUGCGACGGAGCUUUGCCUGCAUGUACCCAGUGCCAGAUACGCUCUGUCCCGUGCACUUACCAAUACGAGCGACCGUGCAGCCCUGAGGACGACUUCUUUGGGCCUUGGGGGCUGGAUGAGACUACCGCGGCUGUACUGUUGGGCGGAGGCAGUCGUUCAAGCUCGCCGGAGUCGAUACGUAGCGGCCGAUACUACGAUAGACUGACUACGGCCUCGCCGUACGAUCGGAUGGCGAGUGUCUCGCCGUUUGAGACGCGCUCGGUGCAUUCCCCCUACGACCGCUUGUCUGGACCGUCACCAUUCGAGCGAUUGUCGAGCGGAUCGCCAUUCGAUAGAUUGACUACGCCCUCUCCAUUCGACCGCAUCAUGUCGCCGACCACUUCUCCGUGAGUUUUGCGAGAAUGCAAAGCCUGACGACCUCGUCUUAAUGUCACUUGUAGCCACGACCCCAACUCCUUCCUUAGCCGCUUCUCCCACUCUCCGCUCUUCUUUCUCGACAUCUUGUGGUUCCGACAGUCGUUUCCAGGCGCUGUCGACUCGGAUCUCCGCACUGCCGUGUACAUGUGGACAAGCUUCCCAAUGGCUGAUACCACUCUGUCCCAAACCGUGGAGACGCUGGCGAAAGCUGUUCCCGCCAGUGACGACUCGAGCACAAUUCUUCAGACGGUGCAGGGGCAGAUCAUCGUGUCGUACUACUGCCUGGACACCGGCUGGCGCGAGCAGGGGAUGAAUCUCUGUGGAGCAGCGCUCUCGCUUGGUUCCUGGGCGGGGAUCUCUGCGUCAGACACGAACUCUUCAUCGACGUCUCUGGAGCGAAACAAGGCGUUUUGGGCGCUGUUUCUGCUUCAUAAUCUAUGGGUCGCUUCGUUUGGCGUGAGUUCGAGUCUUCCGUACGAUCCGCGGGACGUGAGUGUGCCUUGGCCGUGCAGCGGGAGGCUUGCGAGCGGAUCCCAGUUCCCUAUUGCCGAGUUUCUCGAUGCAAAGUCCGAUGUCUCGACAGAUUCCGCAACGCUCUUUCUGCAGGCGUCGAUUCUUUUGCAGCAAGUUGUGACGUUUUGCAUGGAACGCCAAGGCGACAAGUCGGAUGCUGAUCGGUUUGCGAAGCUUCAAACACGGCUGAGGUCCUUCGUUGGGCAUCUGCCUCCGCUAGUCUCGACAGAACCAAUCGCGGAUGAAAAGUAUCAAGUCGCACUGAUCACGCGGUGUCUGCUCAAUGCCUCGGUUCUCCGAUUGCACGCAUUCGGGCACAGCGGCUCUGGAACCGCCCCAGCCGUGGACUCUGCGGCUCGUGCGGCAUCGAAUCGGUUCGUGUCGGACAUCCGGCAUGCUCAGAAGCGGCGAUUCGAGUGGGUGGAUCCUGUGCUUGGACCAUUACUGUCCACUGCAUGCUUCUUCAAUUCUUCGAAUGCAUCGAGGGUUCCCGAAGCGGUGUCGAAUAUCCGGACGCUUGCCUCGGCCAUGUCCAUCUGUGCUGGGCAUUCUACACUGAUUCAGCAGUGCUGGGAUGCGACGAUCAGCUCAUUGCACGCUCAGGGAUUGUCCAGUGCCUUGUUCUGAUGCCCAGGACUGCUGCCUGACACCCCGACAUCAACGUGUUUGCUU